GCUGCCAGUAUUAGCUCAAGCGGAUAUCUCUCUGACAUCUGACAUCAUGACAACAGGCAAAUUCCUCUCGGCUGCCAUCCUCUGCCUCGUGUUGGGCACUGCCUUGGGCGACGAUGUCUUGGAGGGCAACUACAAUGUGACGGCCUUCUGCACGGCGGUGAAGACCGGCACCAAUCUGGGCAGCAUCGUCUCCUGCGACUACUACUACGUGUGCACCAGCACCGGACCCGUCAAGACCUCCUGCACCAGCGGCUACGCCUUCAGUCUCGCCACGGGCUCCUGCACGCCGGCGGGACAGGCGAACUGCUACUACGGCCUGGAGAAUCCCUGUCUGGGCAAGACUGGCCAGAGCUGGGUGCCCGUGACGGGAACCUGCAACCAGUACUACUACUGCCUGGAUGGCGUCAACAAGGGACAGGGCUCGUGCAAGGGCACCCAGUCCUUCGACAAGAUCAGCCAGCAGUGUGUCUACGGCAACUGCAACCCCGCCCUCGUCGACAGCAGCGAUGAGCCCAGCCUGCAGAGCGUCUGCGAAGUUGUGCCCGCCGGCAAGUACUUCGGUGACACCAUCAACUGCCAAAAGUGGAACUAUUGCCAAGCCGACGGCACACUGCAGACCGCCGACUGCGCGACUGCUUAUGAUGUGCAAAACAAUUUGUGUGGCUUCGAUACCGGCAACGUGUGCAGCAGAGUCACAGAAUCAGAGCUGGGCACUGCCUCGCUGGAGUGCACCACCAAGGGUGCCAUGCAGCCCAAUGACAAUGUUUGCGGCAGCUACUACGUGUGCAAUGGAAACUCUUUGGUGUCGUACGACUGCGCCUAUGGCUACUACUUUGAUGUGACGAAAAAUGAUUGCUUGCCGCGCAAGACAGCCACACCGGUUGCGGGCUGCAAUCGUUGCCAGUUCGCCACCACCACCUGGGUGAAUGCCGUGAACACGACCAGCUGCGGCACCUACUACUACUGCAACAAUGGCAAGGCCACACUCCAGACCUGCCAGGAGGAUUACUACUUCAACGAGGCCCAGCAGGGCUGCGUGCCCACCGCCAACGAGCCCGCCUUCAACACCUAUGUGUCCAGCAAUGGAGCUUGCGCUGGUGCAACAGUGGACUCAAGCACAACCGCCGCCAACGGUGGAUCAACCCCCGCUGACGGAGGAGCAACCCCCGCCCCAACCACUGAAGCCCCUGCACCCACAACAGAGACAACUGCAGACCCCAAUGGAAAAUAA